CACAAUUAAAAAAAAAAAGAAACUUUUCGCAUUCAAAUAAAACACAAAUCAAAUAACAAUCAGUCAGAUAAAAUGAUUAAAAGAAACUCUAUUUUAUUAUUGAUACUCUUAUUAAAUCUCGUCUUUUACGUCAAUGUUAAUACUGCGACGACACAAAAUUAUAUUCUUAGAAAAGAUGAUUUUGAUCGCUCGGGAAUACCUAAAAAUAUUUUGGUCGGUUCUUAUAUUGGUGGAAGAAGUCAUGUAAAACCAAUUUUAGAUGUUGUUGCUAUAUUAAUUGAAAGAGGUUACAAUGUAACAUUAUUAACAGCGGGAAGAUAUGAACCAUCAUCAGAGUACCCGGGUCUAAAUCAAAUUACAUUAGGACUUAGUGAAGUUAAUGGCAACAACAUGAAAAAUUUUAAAAAUAACGUAGAAUUCGAUUAUAAAGGACUGCCACAAAUUUUGGAACCAAGCACAAAUGAUUACAAAAAAACUUACGAAAAAUAUAAGAAGACUGCAAAAGAAUAUAAUAUUGAUUUAUUCAUUUGUGACGUUCUGGCAAAUGAGGCUUGCAUAGAUGCUGCUAAUAAUUUAAAGAAACCUGUUGUUGGUUGGACUUCAUUUCUUCAAUUUAUGGAUCCUGUGCCAUAUAAAGAUGAUCCGGUGUAUGGUUGUAACACCUCAUUAGAAAAUGAAUCAUUUUUUGAGAGGUUUAGAUGUGCUUUAAUACAACCUUUACAAGUAGCUAGUAAAUUGGGGCCUUUUGCGCAUCAAUUAAAUGAUAUAAGAAAACAAAUGAAUAUAGAACCAUCGGGAAAAAUUCCAAAAGUUUCAUUAUCUUUGGUUGAUACUUUCUUCGGUUUUGAGUUACCGCAACCUUUAGCACCAAAUGUUCAGGAAGUUGGACCAGUAUUACCAGAAGAAUAUCCUCCAAUUACACCAGAACUCUCUAACUUUAUAAAUGCACACGAACGAGUUUUAUAUAUUGCUUUUGGUACACGUUUCUUCACAUGUACUGAGAAUAACAACAAAAUUUUACAAUCACUUGUUGAAGCAAUCAACAAAAAAAUAGUUGAUGGUGUAGUUUGGCCAUUAGGUCAGACAUCAAGGGAUAAUUUUUAUCCAACAUUAAACUUAACUGAUGGUACACAAGUUCAAACUUUGUCAAUCCUAAAUAAUAAGCAUCCACAUAUUCAUAUUACAAAUUUUGCACCACAAUUCGCUGUACUUAAUCACACCAAUACGAAAUUAUUUUUUAGUCAUGGGGGCGCAGGAAGUGCUCAUGAAUCUCUUUAUACUGGUACUCCUAUGUUAGUAUUACCUCUUGGUGGCGAUCAGAUGGGCAAUGCUCAAAAAUUAAAAACAGCUGGUGUAGCAUUAACGUUAAGUGUGUACAAUUUGAAUGUUAAUGAUAUUUUAAAUAAGAUGAGCAAAUUAUUAGAAGAUGAGAAGAUAAAGAAAAAUUUAAAGAGAAUGGAAGUUUUAACUAAAAUCAACAGUAAAAGAAAAUAUAGAGCUGCUGAUUUAAUAGAAUAUAUUUUACAUAGUAGUGGUUUAGAAGAAUAUAUUAAUGAUGACUAUUUGAAAGAAUGGGCACCUGCUGCGUCUAGAAUGGGAUUUAUCAAAGCAAAUAAUCUUGACGUUUAUGGAGCUUUAUUGGGUAUUGUUCUAACACUUAUCGGGGGAAUUGUAUUCAAGUUAUUCAAAUCGAUCUCAAAUCCUUCGUCCAUUAGAAUAAAAUCAAAAAAAGCAUAGACUAUAUAAAUAAUUUCUAGUAUCGACGUGAAUUGAUUUUACUGCGUUCUGGGGCGCCACAAUAAUUUUUUUUUAAAAAAAUCAAUUACAAUUACAUAUUAUUCAAAUGAAUUACAUAGUGAAAUAAGAUAAAAUAUACUAUACUGUAAAAACAAAUUAUAUUUAUUAAAUAAAAAUUUUUUUUAUAUAA